AUGGGUUCCAAGCAACGAGAGAGUGAUAAGCCCGUGCGAGCUUAUCGAAAUGAGGAUUCGGUUGAUCUACAUAUGGAAGAUGGUAGUGAAGGUCUGGAUACACUUGCUAUAUCAGGUAAACCUCUACAAGUUGGGAGCUCUUUAAUUAAAGAAGAGAUUAACAAGGUGUCAAAAUUGAAGUAUAAAAUAGGUGCCCAUAAGAUUGAGAACCAAGUAGAUGGCAUUUACAAUGUCCCUAUUGAGAUCUCAAAAAAAGGCUUUUCUCAUUGGGAAAAUGCUUUGGUUGGAUACUUCAUUGAUAAAAGAUUCUCUUUCCAUUAUGUGAAAACUUGGGCGGAGAAACUUUGGGGAAAUUUGCUUGAGGACGUUGUCUCCAUUGACAAUGGUUUUUUUAUUUUUAAAGUAAAAAGUGAAGAGGCUAUGGACACAAUCUUGGAAGAUGGCCCCUAUUAUGUUGGGGCUAGAUUGAUUGUUAUUAAAAAAAGGCAACCUGGACUAAAACUAACAAAGUGUGAAUUUUCAAGUGUGCCAUUGUGGGUGAAGUUGUACAAUGUUCCUUUGGAACUUUGGAGUGAAGAGGGUUUGGGUUACAUAGCUAGCAUCUUGGGAACUCCUCUUUAUUUGGAUGAGCCAACUUUCAAGAGAAGCAGACUUACAUUUGCGAGAAUUUGUAUUGAAGUGCCAGCAAAUAAAGAGAUCCCUAAGUCUUUCAAAAUAAAUCUUGGUUAUGGUGACCCAUAUGAGAUUCAAGUUGAGAUUGGAGAAAGCAUUAAAGAAAUCCAAGGCUUCAACUCUAUUCCAGAUACCGAAGAUGGGUACACUGAAGCUUCGGUCAGAUUACCGAAGAAAUUCAAGAUGCCCCACAUAGACAAAUUCGAUGGGAGUGGGGAUCUGGUUGUGCACGUCUGGCUGUUUUCAGACGUAUUGAGUCCCAUGGGUUUGUCUUGGGCAUAG